CAACAAAACCUCCUCCUCCGGUGCACAUUCGUCUUCUAUUCUGCGUAAUUUUUUCGCUGAUUUGUUCUUGUUCUUCACGUUUUGUUGGCGUCAAGAUCCGUCUUUUUCUCCUUCUUUCCUCCGGGAAUCUCGACAAAAGCUGUUUUUUUCCCUUCCUUGGUUCUGAUUUCAGAGCUGAAGUUGGACUUUUGGGCACUUUACGAGCGUUACGGCGCUGUUGUGGUGGCUCCAGCGGGGAAUCGGGUUUUGUCGUGGUGGUGAUUGAAGUGACAAGGAUUGGAAUUGGGAAUCACAUCCAAGCCUUGAUCUUUCUUGGAGGUUUGAAGAUUGGAACAUGAGGAUCCAUCCUGGUUCCCAGUUUUGGAGAUUGCCCUUGCAUGUCGGCCAAGUGUUGUUUGGUUAGAACCCCAUGAAAUAGCAGUGGCCGACGGCAUCCACCCACCACAAGGAGAUGGAGAAGGCCAGUGGUAAGCCCCAGCAGCCGCGGCUCCGCUUGCUCGCCACCCUUUGCGCCUUGUUCUGGAUCAUUAUCUUUUAUUUCCAUUUCGCCGUGCUCCGUCGCAGUAGCCCGAUGAGUCCGCCGGAGCAAACCCUUUCCUUCUCCUCCUCGUUCCCGUCCAAUUCCCAUCAACAUUUUGUAGUAGACAGCACGCCUUCUAAUGAAUCGCGCGCAUCGCAUUCAUCGAAAUUGAAGCCCCCGAUAGCAUCGAAGCCAUCGGACGCCCGUCGAGAGCCGCCGCAUCAUCCCCUUCCCUCCUCCUCGAAUUCGUCCAUUCCCAAACGACAACUCCCAUCGCAUUCAUCGAAAUCGAUACCGCCGCCACUCGAAUCGAAGCCAUCGGAUGCCCAUCGAUCGCCGCAGAAGACCUUCCCCUUCAACCGUGCCCUCCAGACGCUCGAGAACAAGAGCGACCCUUGCGGCGGGAGGUACAUCUUCGUCCACGACCUCCCUCCGCGGUUCAACGACGACAUGCUCAAGGACUGCAGAAAGCUGAGCCUUUGGACAAACAUGUGCAAGUUCACCAGCAACGCCGGCCUCGGGCCGCCCCUGGAGAACGCAGAAGGCGUCUUCUCCAACACCGGGUGGUACGCCACCAACCAGUUCGCCGUGGACGUGAUCUUCGGCAACCGAAUGAAGCAGUACGAGUGCUUGACCAACGACUCGUCCAUCGCCGCCGCAAUCUUCGUGCCGUUCUACGCCGGCUUCGACAUAUCGCGGUACCUAUGGGGGUACAACACCUCGGUGAGGGAUGCAGCGUCCCUUGAUUUGGUGGAUUGGCUCAUGAAGAGGCCGGAGUGGAGUGUGAUGGGCGGGAGAGACCAUUUCUUGGUGGCCGGAAGAAUCACCUGGGACUUCAGGAGAUUGACGGAUUCGGAUUCCGACUGGGGCAGCAAGCUGCUGUUUUUGCCGGCUGCCAAGAACAUGUCCAUGCUGGUCGUGGAGUCGAGCCCAUGGAACGCGAACGAUUUCGCGAUUCCAUAUCCCACUUACUUCCACCCUGCAAAGGAUGCUGAUGUUUUCGUCUGGCAGGAGCGGAUGCGGAAGCUGGAGCGGAAGCAUCUCUUCUCGUUUGCAGGGGCACCUCGCCACGACAACCCGAAAUCUAUCAGAGGGCAGAUCAUAGACCAGUGCAGGAAGUCCAAGGUCUGCAAGCUGCUGGAGUGUGACUUUGGAGAGAGCAAGUGCCACUCGCCUAGCAGCAUAAUGCAGAUGUUUCAGAGCUCUUUGUUCUGCUUGCAACCUCAGGGUGAUUCCUAUACAAGAAGGUCGGCCUUCGACUCCAUGUUGGCCGGUUGCAUCCCCGUUUUCUUCCAUCCUGGCUCGGCUUAUGUACAGUACACUUGGCAUCUUCCGAGGAACUACUCGACAUACUCGGUGUUCAUUCCAGAGGAUGACGUUCGAAAGAGGAAUGUAAGCAUCGAAGAAAGACUAAAGCGAAUUCCUCCGGCUGUUGUUAAGGUCAUGAGGGAGAAGGUCAUAAGUCUGAUACCGGGGCUUAUAUAUGCGGAUCCUCGGUCUAGAUUGGAGACUCUGAAGGACGCCUUUGAUGUGUCUGUAGCGGCAAUCGUCGACAAAGUAACCAAGCUAAGGAGGGACAUAAUGGAGGACAAUGAGGACAAGGCUUUUAUCGAGGAGAACAGUUGGAAGUAUGUUUUGUUGGAGGAAGGGCAGAGAACAGUUGGGGCACACGAGUGGGAUCCAUUCUUCUCCAAACCAAAGGAUGGGAACAGUGAUUCUGGUGGUUCUUCUGCUACAACUGCUAAGAAUUCUUGGAGAAGUGAACAAAGGAAUCAGUAUUGACCUUCGUGUGAGAGUCACCUGGAUCAGAAGGCCAGCGCUUGAAACUGCUUGAGAUAUACAUGAAGGCAGCACGCACUAUGUGAAUUGUUUGUCAUCCAUAUAAGUGUGUUGAAUGAGCUGCCUGCAGAUUUCUAAGAACACCUGCUGAACCUGUUCUACGAGUAUAGAAGGUAGCUGCAGAAAUUAUCUGCCAUAUAUAAAUGUUUUGUGUUCCUGUUAGUGGUUCAUUUGUUUGAGCUCUGCUUUUACAUGUUCAACAAAGAUAAGAAUAUCAUGAAUUUAUUUCUUGUUA